GCUACAUCUGACCAAUCCGCUUCCAACCGGAAGUUUAAUCGUACUUCCUCUCUUAGUUCGCUUGUUUUUCCUCCUCCCGUACGAAAGGUAGAACACAUUGCGCAUCAUUCUUCGAGGUUAAUUCUUUACUACAGCAACAUGAAGAACAACGCCACGGUGCCCGCCUUCCUGACCAAGCUGUGGACGCUGGUAGAGGAUGAGGACAGCGACGGGCUGAUCCGCUGGAGCCAGGAGGGUAACAGUUUCCUUGUGUUGGAUGAGCAGCGUUUCGCCAAAGAGACCCUCCCAAGGUUCUUCAAGCACAACAACAUGGCCAGCUUCAUCAGACAACUCAACAUGUACGGGUUCCGUAAAGUCAUGCACAUUGACACCGGUGUGGUGAAGCAGGAGAGAGACGGGCCGGUGGAGUUCCAACACCCCUACUUCAAACACGGACAGGACGACCUGCUGGAGAACAUCAAGAGGAAGGUUUCCAACACUCGUCCAGAAGAGAGUAAAAUCAGACAGGAGGAUCUGAGCAAGAUCCUGGCCAGUGUGCAGAAUGUCCACGGCAAACAAGAAACUAUGGACAGCCGACUCUCUGCGUUGAAAAGGGAGAAUGAGGCACUAUGGCAGGAGAUCUCCGACCUAAGACAGAAACAUGUCCACCAACAACAACUGAUCAAAAAGUUGAUACAUUUCAUUGUAACUUUGGUACAGAACAACCGAAUUAUUAAUUUAAAGCGUAAAAGGCCAAUCCUUAUGAACGCCAGUGGAAAGAAGCCGAAAUACAUCCAUCAGAUCUAUGAUGACAAUUCACCGGUCAACAGCCUCAAUGAGAUCUCUGAAGACGUCAUCAUCUGUGAUGUCACUGAUGAGGAGGCAGAAGGGCCCGCCAGAGUCCUCGAGCAAUGCGAUGGGAUCACGACGGAGGUGGACUUUGACUGCUGCACCGUCCUGCCCGCCGAGACGGAGGUGAGCACCAGCUCCAGAGACGAGCUUCCCCCCCCCUCGGGGCUGGAGGAGGAGGAGGAGGAGGAGGAAGAGGAGGAGGGACAGAGGUGCUGGGCCAGCAGCAGCAGUGCCCUGCAGCUCAACAAACCGUCGCCGAGCCUGUCCGUGGAGGACCCUAUGAAGAUGAUGGAUUCCAUCCUGAAGGAGAGCGGGGCCGUCUCCCAGAACAUCAACCUGCUGGGGAAGCUGGAGCUUAUGGACUACCUGGACAGCAUCGACUGCAGUCUGGAGGACUUCACGGCCAUGUUCUACGGAAAGCACUUCAGCAUUGACCCUGACCCCCUGGAGGAGACUGCAACAGUUAAAGAACCCCCAGAAGAGCUGAACAGAGGCAAAGACGGGCUCAGCAGUACAACCCACCAGUUGAUCCAGUACACCUCCUCCCCUCUGCUGGCCUUCCUGGACGGCUGCGGCCCCAGCAGCGAACUUGAGCUUGGCGGGGGCUUCCAAUCGUCCCUGACCUCGGUCCAGGCCGAGCCCCCCACAGACAUCCUGGAGGCCUCGCCGACCCCCUCCCCCCCCAGUGCCACGGUGCGCCUGGAGCCCCUGACAGAGGCGGAGGCCAGCCAGACGUCUCUGUUCUACCUGUGUGAACUGCCCCCCGCCAGCCCCCUGCUGGACGGCGUCUGACUGGAGGGGGCCCCGGGGAUCCCACAGGGGCCGCCGCCGGCCAGACCGCUUCCGCCAGCAGGCCCCCCGACCAGCGUGGUGGAGGAAGUAUAGAGCCAGAGGGGCUCCCGUCUCUCUGCUCCCCAGGGGACGUCUGGGCUUUCCUGCUUCGGUUUGAGGUCCGUCGUUAUGGUGUGAGGCCUGGUUCACUAGGCUGAGGACACAGUCCAACCGUUGGCAUGGCAAUCAGAAUAGAGUUUGGCCAUGAGACGGCCUCCCCAGGUAACGUUUGAAAACUCAUUUUAAUAUAUUUAAUGUUUUUUUUUCCGCUUUUAUUUUUUCUGAUUGUUGUGUUCCUUAAAUGUGGUACAAGGAAAGUCAACCCUCUGUGCUGUUAUUUUUUUUUACUGUGUAUUAAUAUGAUUGUUGUCCCGAUCCGGUCGAAGCCCCUUAGCGAGACGCUCAGCAUGGAAGUGGAAGCUUGAGUCUUUGGGCAAAUAUUUUCAAAAGGUUGAAAAUUGAGCUGUGAGUCUGGGAGGACGUGUGGAGACGACUCACUGGUUCAUGGUGAAGACUGGUCCCUGUGGUGUGCUCUGCUGGGACCAGCACUGGUCCUAGUCUAGUGUCAUGUCUGUAUUACUGUUAGGUUUCCUCCUUUGUCUGUAACAGGGAAAUGUCUACUGUAAACGCAGUA